AUGCCACCGCCUGUGGGUCGAUAUGGCCCGUCAGGCAUUGCAGGACCCUUCGCUCAUAUUCAACCAACACACCUCCAGCAACAGCAGUCACAGCAGCAACAACACCAUGGUCCGCACCCACAAACCGCUGGCGCUUCCAUCCCCCCUUCAUCGCUUGGCGGGCACGCUGCCUUUGGCCAUGGCGCCUCUAGUACUAAUGGAAAUCCCUUUUCGUUACCCACGGUGAACGGGAUGGCUGCGGGCGGAUUUCCUGCCGGGGGAGCCACGGGUGGUAUGCCGGAUGGCGGGGGAACGGGCCUUGCAAGCCAUGCCGCUCAGAUGGGAUUUUUACGCGGUGCUCAGAUGCAGCAGCAACAGCAAACCCAGCCACAAGCCGGGCAUUUGGUACAUGAUGGCCGAAUGGUAAUGGAUGGGAAAACGGACAAAGCGAGAAUAAGGGACGUAUGGAAGCAUAACCUGGCGCAAGAGAUGGAAGCUCUACGUGCCUUGAUAGAGAAGUACCCCUACAUAAGUAUGGAUACGGAAUUCCCUGGUAUCGUUGCGAGGCCGAUGGGCACCUUCACAACGAAGGCAGAUUACCAUUAUCAGACGCUACGAUGUAAUGUCGAUCUAUUAAAGAUGAUACAGCUUGGUAUUACCUUAUUCUCUGAGGAGGGAGAAGUACCGCCUGCUUAUUCCAGCGAUGGUCCUAUGCAAGCGAAUGGCACCCAUCUCGUUCCUGCUCCAUGCACAUGGCAAUUCAACUUUCAUUUUUCGCUCGAGAAUGACAUGUACGCACAAGAGUCAACCAGUAUGCUGGCUAAGGCCGGAAUCGAUUUUACUACCCACGAGAAGAAUGGGAUUGACCCAUUAGAAUUUGGAGCUCUACUUAUGACCUCUGGAUUAGUCCUGUUGGACGAUGUACACUGGAUUUCAUUCCAUUCUGGCUAUGACUUUGGCUAUCUGAUGAAAAUAAUGAUCUGCAGACCGCUGCCGGAUGAUGAAGAGGAAUUCCAUAAACUCCUUGCGAUUUUCUUUCCCUCGCUGUACGAUAUCAAAUUCCUCAUGAAGCACGCAGGGCGGAAUCAAUCUGUAAAUGGCUCGCCUCUCUCGCAAGCGGCCGGGCAAAUACUUGCUAGCCUCGGGCAGAAGUCUGGGCUGCAGGACAUCGCGGAUGAAUUGGGAGUCAAACGUGUUGGGAUCGCACAUCAAGCUGGCUCAGAUUCGCUUGUAACAGGCGAAAUAUUCUGGAAGAUGCGACAACUGGUCUUCAAUGGUAACAUCGACAAUGGAAAGUAUUCCGGUCAGAUCUGGGGGUUAAAUGGGCAAAUACCCGCGAUGCCCUACCUGACAGGAAACCAGCCACAGCAAACCCCGAACCUCAACGGUGCGACCAUUUAUUCCAACACAGCGACACCAAGCACGCCUACCACUGCACACGCAGCUGUUAAUACUAAUCAGACACCAGGUCCACAAUCGCACUUAACUCCCGGCGGCGGGGGCGGCGUAUUUGGAGCAUUUCAACUGGGACGGUCAUGA